UCCCUUCACUCCCUCACUUAGCUCGAACCUCUAAAGGCUGCAACUUCAAAUGGCUCACAGCCGAAAAGAUCGUCUCAUUUUCGAACCCAAAAUCGAAAAUGAAGCUAAUUCGUCCUCAUCGACCCCUCACAAAUUCUACCAUUUACAGAAAGCAAAGAAAUUUGUGUACCUCCAAAUUUACAUCCCAAGAUAAUGAAGAAAACGAGUCGCAUUUCGUGUCGAUCCUCCGAGACAUAGUACGAGGAAGUCAGAGCUGGAAAAUCGCGCUCAACAACACCUACAUGUCGAGCACUUUGAGGCCCCACCACGUCGAGAAGGUCCUGAUCCAAACCAUCGACGAUUCCAGGUUAGCCUUGAGGUUCUUCAAUUUCUUGGGCUUGCACAUAAACUUCAACCACUCCACGACUUCGUUUUGCAUCUUGGUCCAUGCUCUGGUCCAGUCCAAUCACUUUUGGCCAGCUUCUUCGCUCCUGCAAACGCUUUUCGUUCGUGGGUUAGACUCAGAAGAGGUUUUUGAACAUUUUUUGAAUUCCUACGAGAAAUGUAAGUUUUCUUCGAGUUUGGGUUUUGAUUUGUUAGUUCAGAAUUAUGUGCAAAAUAAAAGAUUUUUGGAUGGUGUGGUGAUCGUGAGGCUCAUGAGAGAAAAUAAAUUGUUGCCCGAAGUUAGAACUUUGAGUGCCCUUUUAAACGGGCUAGUGAGAAUUAGGCAAUUUCAUGUAGUUUUGGAAUUGUUUGAUGAGGAGGUUACGAAUGCCGGUCUUAGGCCUGAUGUGUAUACGUACACUGUGGUGGUUAGGAGUUUGUGCGAAUUGCGGGAUUUUGUAAGAGCCAAGGAAAUGAUUUUGCAGGCGGAGUUGAAUGGAUGCAGUUUAAGUGUUGUAACGUAUAACGUGUUGAUUCAUGGGCUCUGCAAAAACCAACGAGCUUGGGAGGCUGUUGAGAUCAAGAAUUUUUUGAUUGAAAAGGGACUGAAAGCAGAUGUGGUUACAUAUUGCACAUUAGUACUUGGUUUGUGCAGAGUGAAAGAACAUGAGGCUGGGAUGGAGCUGAUGGAUGAAAUGAUUGAGUUGGGGUUUGUUCCAAGUGAAGCCGCUGUCUCAGGAGUUGUAGAGGGAUUGAGGAGGUCGGGGAAGAUUGAAGAGUCUUAUAAUGUGGUGAAGCGGGUGGAGAGAGUAGGGGUGCUGCCUAGUUUGUUUGUUUAUAAUGCGCUGAUCAAUUCUCUGUGCAAAGACGGGAAACUGGAUGAAGCGGAGUUACUUUUUUAUAAUAUGGGUGAGAAGGGUCUGUUUGCAAACGAUGUCUCUUAUUCUAUUUUGAUUGAUUCGUUCAGCAGAAGAGGGAAAUUGGACGCUGCAUAUUUUUAUUUUGGUAAAAUGUCGGAGUCCAGGAUUAGAGCUACUGUGUAUCCGUACAAUUCUUUGAUAAGUGGGCAAUGCAAGUUUGGCAAAUUGAGUGAAGCGGAGUUUCUUUUUGGUGAGAUGAUCGAUAAAGGAUUAGUGCCAACGGUUGCAACCUAUACAUCACUGAUCAGUGGAUACUGCAAAGAAGGAGAACUGCACAAGGCAUUUAGGCUGUAUCAUGAGAUGACCGGGAAGGGAAUUGCACCAAAUACUUACACCUAUACUGCACUUAUAUCUGGUUUCUGUCGUGCAAAUAUGAUGGCUGAAGCAAGUACGUUGUUUGGUGAAAUGGUUGAGCGAAACAUUCUGCCAAAUGAGGUGACUUAUAAUGUUAUGAUAGAGGGUCACUGUAUGGAUGGUAACACAGUAAAAGCCUUUGAAUUGUUGGAUGAAAUGGUUGAGAAAGGUCUUAAACCAGACACAUAUACAUAUAGGCCUCUAAUUAGUGGUCUUUGUUCUUCAGGUAAAGUUUCUGAAGCCAAAAAAUUCAUAGAUGACCUCCACAAAGAGUAUCAGAAGUUAAAUGUGAUAUGUUAUAGUGCACUUCUACAUGGCUACUGCAAAGAGGGGAAAUUAGACGAUGCAUUGAAUGCUUGCCGUCAGAUGGUUGGAAGAGGAAUAGACAUGGAUCUUGUGUGUUUUGCAGUACUCAUUUGUGGAACUCUAAAGCAGUAUGACACAAGAAAAGUAUUGGGUCUCUUGAAGGAGAUGCAUGAUCAAGGGCUGAAGCCUGAUGAAGUAAUAUAUACAAGUAUGAUAGAUGCAUACAGCAAAGCGGGAAGGCUUAAGGAAGCUUUUGGGUUUUGGGAUUUGAUGGUUGCUGAGAGAUGUUUUCCUAAUGUGGUGACAUAUACUGCCUUGAUCAAUGGCUUAUGCAAGGCAGGACAUAUGGAUAAAGCAGAACUUCUUUUAAAGGAAAUGUUAAUUGGCAAUGCCCUUCCCAAUCAGAUCACUUAUGGUUGUUUCCUUGACCACCUUACGAAGGAAGGAAGUAUGGAGGAAGCUGUACAGCUGCACUCUGCAAUGCUAAAAGGGUUUCUAGCAAACACUGUGACAUACAAUAUACUUAUCCGGGGCUUUUGUAAAUUGGGAAAGAUUCAAGAAGCUAUUGAGCUCCUUGUUGGAAUGACUGACAAUGGUAUUUUUCCAGAUUGUGUUACCUAUUCGACUUUUAUCUAUGAGUAUUGUAGAAGAGGUAAUUUACAGGAAGCUGUUGAGUUGUGGGACACCAUGCUAAAUAAGGGUCUAAAGCCUGAUACAUUAGCAUAUAAUUUUAUGAUAUAUGGUUGCUGCAUAACUGGAGAACUCACCAAGGCAUUUGAAUUGCGUGACGAUAUGAUGAGAAGGGGGGUGACCCUGAAUCGGGUAACAUAUAAUGCUCUUCUUCAUGGAACUUGCUUGAAAAGUUAAGUCCACUCUACCUAAACAUGUUGGAGAAGAAUUUUUGUUAUAUAAUGUCAACAGUCUGCGAUGUUAUACCAGAGCCUCUUCUAUUUGCCAUUGAAGAACCAUUUUUGGGGAUUACAGCUCUUGUGUUAUAUCAACUUGUAGCAUUUUUUUAGGACUGACGGUUGAAGAUGACAAGAUUCUUUUCUGUACAUAAUUAAGCGUGCAAACUUGAAGUGAAGGACCAGGAGGGUACUAAAUUGAGGCUGACUAACAUAUGGAUGAAAGAAUCUUUAACUGUCUUCUGUUAGCAACAGAUUGUUGUGAGCAUUGUUA